GAGAGAGAGAGAGAGAGAGAGAGAGAGAGGGGGCGAGGGAAUUUAGAGGCGUGCAAAUUUUGCAGGAUGAAGGAUUUCUUGUAAAAAUUUGUGAAAAUAGGAGUUAUUUCUGUCUGCCGCUGAGCUCGUGUUCGCUAUUUGCUCUGCUUUCCGUCGUGAAAGUGGCGGAGACGGCGGCGGUGGCUGUGGGGUGGCGGUGGGGGUGAAAUUUUGGCUAUGGUAGAAGAAAUGCAGGGGAUUUUGGGAGUUGAUCCGGGGCCUACAUUGCCUAGUUGCUUCUGAUCUGACUCUGCCCUUGUCCGAUCCCUGCAUUUUCAAGAUAAAAGUUGGUUGGUGCAAUUCUUUGAGAUGUCAUUCAAGAGCAUUGUACGUGAGCUGAAGGAAAUGAAAGAUGGGAUUGGCAGCAUGUCAAGGAGGGGAGUUGAGGGGAAGCAUUGGCGAAGCCGGACCAGAUCAUUUAUAGCUCCUGAUGUAGCUCCUUCUGAGCCAAUCGAACAAGGUCAGUGGGCAAAUUUACCUCCAGAGUUGCUUUUAGACAUCAUCCGGAGGGUCGAAGAGAGUGAGACAGCCUGGCCUGCCAGGACAGUUGUUGUCUUUUGUGCUUCGGUUUGUAGAUCUUGGAGAGAUAUCACCAAGGAAAUUGUCAAAACUCCAGAGGAAUGUGGGAGGCUCACCUUUCCCAUUUCGUUGAAGCAGCCGGGGCCGCGUGAUGCUCCGAUCCAGUGCUUUAUUAAAAGGGAUAGGACAACCUCCACUUACCGCCUGUAUUUUGGUCUUACCCCAUCUGAGAGCGAGAAUGACAAAUUACUGUUGGCAGCCAAAAAGAUUAGAAGAGCGACAAGCACAGAUUUCGUGAUUUCUUUGGUUGCAGACGAUUUUUCUCGAGCCAGCAACACAUAUGUUGGAAAACUUAGGUCUAAUUUUCUGGGGACCAAGUUCACCAUAUAUGAUAGCCAACCUCCGAAUGAUACUUGUUCACAACAUAUCAGUCGGCAGAGUCGAAGAUUUAAUGCCAAGCAAGUGUCUCCGAAAUUACCUGCAUUUAACUAUACUGUAGCCACCAUUUCCUAUGAGCUCAACGUUCUCCGGACGAGAGGUCCUAGAAGAAUGCACUGUGUGAUGCAUUCAAUUCCCGUCUCUUCCAUUCAGGAGGGCGGCACUGCCCCUACUCCUACAGAAUUUCCACACUGUACAGAGGAUAAGUCUCCUGUUGCGCCAAUGUUAAAAGGGAAGGAGCCGGUUGUAUCUUUCAGCUCCCCCAACCUCUCUACCUCACUUGUAGCAACACCAAACGUUGGAGAGGCGCUUGUUCUUAAAAACAAAGCCCCAAGAUGGCAUGAACAAUUGCAAUGCUGGUGCCUAAAUUUCAAAGGCCGUGUCACGGUAGCAUCCGUCAAAAACUUCCAGCUUGUGGCGUCCGUUGAUCCUUCACUUGACAUACCAGCCGCAGAACUAGAAAAGGUAAUUUUGCAGUUCGGAAAGAUAGGAAAAGACAUCUUUACCAUGGAUUAUCGCUACCCGCUCUCUGCAUUUCAAGCUUUUGCAAUCUGCUUGAGCAGCUUUGACACUAAACCAGCAUGCGAAUGAAGUUGGCAUGGAUUACGCUGAUCUUUGUCAUCACUUGCUUAUUUGCUUCCAUAGUAUCUUAAUUAUGUUUUUUUCUCUUUAUGAAAGUUUACCAUGCAUCUGAAUAUUGUAGUGAAGAAUCUUAGCUGUCCAGGUUGUAGUUUAUCGCUUAGCAGCUCCGGUGGACAUGCAGGCUCACAAGUGUCGAAUUUUAAUAUACUCUUGAAAUAACGUUAAUGAUUUACCGUUCGGGAUAUGUCAAUGAAUGCUAUCUUCCUCUUCCUUUA